AGCUGAAAGAUGAGCGGAAGAGGCAAAGGAGGAAAGGGACUCGGUAAAGGAGGCGCUAAGCGUCACCGUAAAGUGCUCCGUGAUAACAUCCAGGGAAUCACCAAACCCGCCAUCCGCCGUCUGGCUCGCCGCGGCGGAGUGAAGCGGAUCUCCGGUCUGAUCUACGAGGAGACCCGCGGGGUGCUCAAGGUCUUCCUGGAGAACGUCAUCCGCGACGCCGUCACCUACACCGAGCACGCCAAGAGGAAGACCGUCACCGCCAUGGACGUGGUGUACGCUCUGAAGAGGCAGGGCCGCACCCUGUACGGCUUCGGAGGCCAGGACCGCCUGGAUGUUGGGCAGCACGCCGCCCUGAGCGAUGGUCACUCCGCCCAGCAGCUUGUUGAGCUCCUCGUCGUUGCGGACGGCCAGCUGCAGGUGACGGGGGAUGAUCCUGGUCUUCUUGUUGUCGCGGGCGGCGUUUCCGGCCAGCUCCAGGAUCUCAGCGGUCAGGUACUCCAGCACCGCCGCCAGGUACACGGGGGCUCCGGCACCGACACGCUGGGCGUAGUUUCCUUUACGCAGCAGCCUGUGGACACGGCCGACGGGGAACUGGAGCCCGGCGCGGGAGGAGCGGCGCGCGGGACGGUUCUUCCAGACCAACCAGGAAAGAGGCUUCCUGCAGAGCAGCAGAGGGCGGCCCGCUCUGCGUUUAGGCGGAAAAAACGAGACGCGAUGGCCAGAACCAAGCAGACCGCCCGUAAAUCCACCGGAGGAAAAGCUCCCAGGAAGCAGCUGGCUACCAAGGCUGCCCGUAAGAGCGCCCCGGCCACCGGCGGAGUGAAGAAGCCCCACCGCUACAGGCCCGGUACCGUGGCUCUCCGAGAGAUCCGCCGCUACCAGAAGUCCACCGAGCUGCUGAUCCGCAAGCUGCCCUUCCAGCGCCUGGUGAGGGAGAUCGCUCAGGACUUCAAGACCGACCUGCGCUUCCAGAGCUCCGCCGUCAUGGCUCUGCAGGAGGCCAGCGAGGCUUACCUGGUCGGCCUCUUCGAGGACACCAAUUUCUCUUUUUUGGUAAAAAUGAGCGGAAGAGGCAAAGGAGGAAAGGGACUCGGUAAAGGAGGCGCUAAGCGUCACCGUAAAGUGCUCCGUGAUAACAUCCAGGGAAUCACCAAACCCGCCAUCCGCCGUCUGGCUCGCCGCGGCGGAGUGAAGCGGAUCUCCGGUCUGAUCUACGAGGAGACCCGCGGGGUGCUCAAGGUCUUCCUGGAGAACGUCAUCCGCGACGCCGUCACCUACACCGAGCACGCCAAGAGGAAGACCGUCACCGCCAUGGACGUGGUGUACGCUCUGAAGAGGCAGGGCCGCACCCUGUACGGCUUCGGAGGCUAGACCCGGUCCAGACCCGCUGAAACAUAAAGGUCCUUUUAAGGGCCACACACCUCAUCUAAAGACUUAACGCUCCUUUAUUAACUUUGUCAAAGUUGUUUAAUUAAUCAUGAUGUUCUGUACAUGAUUCUUUUAUCCAAAGCUGAUUACUACGUAAUAACAGUGGUGGAGCUGAAAGCUGAGUCUGACUUUGUGUCAGUUCAGAAGUAGCUUGACACCAAGAAUGUGACACAAACUCAUGCCUCAGUCAAAAGCUUGACUCUACAUUUCUUAACAACUCUCUCAAUGCUGCAUUCAUCCCUGAUGCUUGUGAUCUUCUUCCUAUCACACUAACUUUCCAUGAUGCAGCCUUUUCACCAGUGACCUGGACACCAGAUUGAGAGAUUAAAGGCUCUUGUGUCUGUAUUAUACAUUACAUUCUAAUAUUGUAGGUAUGGAUUUUUAAAUUUCCAUCAGCUGUAAGCCAUAAAAACAAAAGGCCUGAAAUAUUUCACUUGAUGUGAAAUUUAGCUACAACAUAUGACAGUUUCAUUGAAUUCCCUUCAUAUAAAUUCAAAACCCCUGAGGGUUUUUUGUACUUGUAUAACUAAACUGAAGGUUUGUAAGUAAUACUUCCGGUGUCGACUUUUUCGUUAUUAAUUCCAUUGUUAACAUAAAUAAAUGAAAUGACAACAUUGC